AAGAAAGCGGAAAAAAAAAAGGAGGAGAAAGGGGAGGAGAUGAAAGGCGAGGGGAGAAGGGAGGAUGGGGCGGGAGGAGGAGAGAGGCCGGAGGAGGAGAGGACGGUGGCAGCUCGGCAGAGGGACGGGACGGGACGGGACGGGACCCCCCGGGCCAUGCGCCUCCUGGCCGCGGCGCUGGCCGCCCUCCUGGCCACGGCCCCGGCCCCAGAUAUUUGUGAGGCUUUAAAUGUGACAGUCUCUCCAGGACCAACAGUGCGAUACGCUGAGGGCGAUAAUGCUACCCUUUACUGUCACAUUUCUCAGAAGAGGAAGACAGACAAUUUGCUGGCUGUGCGAUGGGUCUUCGCUGUAUCACCUACCCAGGAGUACCUGAUGAUCAAAAUGACUAAGUUUGGGUCUGUCCAGUAUUAUGGAAAUUACACUCACCAUUUUCACAAGCAAAGACUUCGUCUUCUUAAAGAGAAACAUGGAACUAUGUACAAAUUUCUUAUUCUAAGCCUUCAGCAAACAGAUCAAGGACAUUACAUAUGCAAAGUCCAGGAAAUUGGCAGGCACAGGAAUAAGUGGACAGCAUGGUCAAAUGGCACAGCAGCUACCGAAAUAAAAGUGAUUUCACUAAGAGCUUCAGAUGAUCCUACUUUCAAGAAAAACCAUGAAGCUUGGAAGUUUUUUGAAGAUCUGUAUAUGUAUGCAGUGUUUGUGUGCUCAAUAGGAAUCAUCAGCGUCCUCCUUUUUACACUUGUCAUUCUCUGUCAAUCACUCCUAAACAAGAGGAGAUCCACAGUGAAGCAUUACCUGGUGAAAUGCCCCCAGAACAGUUCAGGGGAGACAGUUACCAGCGUGACAAGCAUGUCCCCUCUACAGCCCAAGAAAGUAAAGAAAAAGAAAGAGAAAGAAAAAGUGGAGCAGCCACCAGCCAUCCCAGCAAAAGCUCCAAUAGCCAAUAAUUUUCCCAAGCCCAAGCUGUUGAAACCUCAGAGAAAAUUGAUCCUGCCGAAAAUUGCAGAGGAGAACUUAACAUAUGCUGAACUUGAACUUAUGAAGCCGAUUCAGGAAGCCAAAGGCAUUCCCAGUACGACAGUCUAUGCACAGAUACUCUUCGAGGAGAACAAGCUGUAAUAGUUCAUGCCUGUAUAAAUGUCCUUUGUCUGUGUUCUAUUUAAUUCUUGCUGUGCCAUUUAUUUAUAAAAAUCAUACAAAUGUCCUUAUUUUUUUACUUCCAUUCAUGCGCUUCUAUAUUUUUAUGAGACUUUUAAACAAAAUUCCAUUGAAAGUAAUCACACAAAAAACAGUUUGUCUACAAGUGAGAUCCCAGAGACACCCUCUGCCGUGUUUGGCCUCCUCUUUUUAAGGGACUAACGUUCCACCUGGCCAGAAAAAUUGUCAAAUUACUGGUGUUUUCCCUAUCAGAAAAAAAUAAUUCAGUAAAGCUGAGACUUUUUCACAGCAAAGGAGAAACUAAAAUUACUUUUUUCUGCAUUUUUUCAGAAAAAGUUAUCAAAGUUUGGUUUUCAUAUUUUCAUUCCAAAUUUCCCUUUCUAAAUGAUAUUAUGUUUAAAAACUUAAGUUACUUUUAAUAAAACUGCUUUUAAGUGCCUGAGAUCAAACACUUUAAAAUAAUCCAAAGGAAACAUUCCAAGUUAAACCAAAUGGAUUGCAGGAAGAAUACUGAAAGCUUUGGAAUAUUUUCCAGCAUUUGAUUAAAAAAAAAAAAAUCUGAUUGGGAAUAGGAAAAAAUUGAUAGUGAUUAAACAACUUCCACAGAACAAGGACACGGGUUUUGGCCUUGCUCGAGAUUGGGGCCCCCAAACCUGCAAAAGCUUCCUUCUCCAUAAUGUUCUGCUCUCUUGCUUUGGAGUUAUUUCUUUGGAAAAAACAGGGCUUGGAAGAUAGGGAACUGAGCCUACUGUGAAAGCAGAAAAUACUCCUCCUUUCUUCCCCUCUUGAUCUUUGAGAAGGGAUUCUUCCUUUUCCUGUGACAAGUUUUUGGAAAUGGACUUUUCUCUAGUGUCCUGCUCAUGUCCUUGGGAAGGACAGCUGGACUGGUGCUUCCAAGCUCCUAAACUCCCAAAGUCCAAGUCCCACUAAGGAUCAGGUAGAGCUGAGCACCUGACUCCUUUCAGCCCUUGGAAAGCUUUAGGCCUUGAGUGACUACAUCACUGAUGGGCACGUAAAACCAUGGGCUCUUUAGUUCACCAUCAGGCCUUGAUGUUUGGCAAGUGCUGAGUCCUCUCCAGGUCAGUUUUUUGGUUUUGGAUGGAGCUGCUGGGCAAUUCAACCUAUUUAAAAGUCAGGCCAGUCACUGGGCAGGAGUUAAUGUGGAUUUUGGAGUAGCACUUGUAGGCCUGGCGCUUCGAAAGUCGAACCAAGCUGACCCAAGUUGCUUCCUCCUUGGCUGGUUGGGCCGUUUUAGGGAUAUGGCAAAAGGGCAGCAGGGCUCAGUUCACAGCUGGGAACCGUCACAGGAAAACCUACUGUCCUUAUCCCCAGUACCGAAUGACAGUGGAGGAGAGAAGAGCAGUGGUGACAGUGCACGGACAGGCCACAAAGGGAGAGAGCACCCCACUGCCUUUUUGAGGGUUUCACUGGAAUAUGUUAGUUUGAAUAAAUUCAUCUUUUACUUUUUCUUGAAUGGGGGUAGAGAUUACCUAGCAUACAUAAAUCGUUAUCUUGUAACCACGAUGUGUAAAUGUAAAAUGCAGCUGCCUAUUUCCAUGCUUGUAUAAAGUUCCAUUGGUGUAUAAAAAAAGAACUUAAGAAAAGUUUGUCAGGCUGGCUGUUGUGUACAACACUAAUUCCUACUGCUGUCCCUCUUCAAAGUAAUUGUUUUCAAACUAAGCCCAGUUUCUAUCAACAGGCUUGUUGCUAGAAUUUAUUUGCAUUAAUAACGUUUGGAUUUGUGAGCUAUCAAGAAAGUUCAUUUCGCAUUCUCAUUAUCCCAGGAGUUUAAUCAUCCAUCAAAAUGUCAUGAUAUCUUUCCUUGUUUUCUGAUGGGGUGAUGGUCUUUCAACUGCAAGAGCAAUCAGUCCUUUGACCACAAAGAAACUGCUGCUGAGAGCUGUCACACAUUCAGGUACAGUUUUGGAACAGCCAGAGUUUGAAUAUUCACAGAGAGGACAACAUCCCCUCUCAUGCAGACAGGUGUAAUAAAGGGCACAGAAAGGUAUAAAACAUAAUAGUUAAUCCUUCCAAAAUAAAAAUACAACCCUAAUACAUUAAGUAGGUCACUACUACAUUGAGCUGGUCACUUAGUUGUAAGAACUUUCUCAAAUUUUGUAUAUAAUCAUUCCUUUUACCUAUAAUUGGGCAUUAUGUUCAUUGUUUAGAAAAAUCCUCUACUGUAUGUUUCUGCCCAGCAUUUUAAUGAAUACCCUUCUUUGUGUAUUAAUGUAUUCUUGUUUAUGUUUGAUAUCUAAUCCCCCAAAAUAACAGUUAAUAGAGCUAAAUAAAUUACCUUUUUGGUGAGAGAA